CUGCUCAGCCCAUAUUGCUUUGGUAGUUGACUGUUGCUCUGAACAUCUUUCUCCCCCUGAAUAGUGAGCUGCAUGAGAAUAGGAGCUCAGACUUAAAAUCAUCUAUCCAAUGCAAGGAUUCAGUAUAGUCCUUGUCACAGAGCAGGUGCUCAAUAAAUGUUUGUUGAAUGGAUGAAUGAUGGUAAUUAUAUUUAUUAUCUAUUGAGUUCUGCAUUAUGAGCCAAGUCCUAUGCUAGGCCCUUAGCAUACAUUACCCUAAUAUUCACAACAACCAUACAAGAUUGAUUUUAGCAACUUUGUUCUACAGAUGGCCUCAGAAAGGUUAGUUCGCUUGCCCAAGUUCAGAGAGCAACCUAAGGAGGUGCUGGGAAUCAAGGCUCACUUAAGAAGCUCCAAGGUUCCACUCAGCCUAUCACAUCAGUGCUUCCAAUCUUGACACUCUUGGCUCCCUUAUCUUCUAGAAUCCAAUAGUCACAAGGCUCUAUGACCCUUUCUCCUAUCUAUCUCUCAAAUCAGUUCUCUCCUCUCCUCCCUGAUGCCGCUGUGUGGUCUAAGCUCAUUCUCAUUUUCCACCAGGAUCAGCCUCCAAAUUGGGGGUCUUCAGGACCCAGCACCUGCCUGCCUCUACAGUGUCACCUCCACCCCAGACUUUAAGCUCUGACCUCAUAGAACUGUGGGUCCAUAUUCUUUCACCCCUGCACUCUGCACAAGGGAUUAUCCCUCCUGGAAAAACAGGUAAAACCCUUCCUCCCCUCUCUUGUGCCCUCAUCCUGUAACCCUCACCUCAAGCAGAACAGCUCCUCCCAGGCAUCCAUAACACUAAGUUCCCUCCUAUAGCAUCCUAACUGUUUGCUUCCCUGCCCCAUUACACCAUGAGCUUCUUGUGGGCAGGGACUGGGUUAUAUUCAUCUUAUGUGCCCAGAGUCCUGGCUAUCAUUUGGCAUAUAAGAGAUGUUGAGAAAGUGUUUGUGGAGACCUCUUGACUUCACCCCCCUAGUUCCCUGAAACUCUACCCUUUGGCCCCACUCUCUCUAAUCUGCUAGUAAAGCUAGUAAACAGUUCCUUCGCUGUAGUCCUUCUCCCUUUCCCUCCCUGCCCCUUCCAAACCUCUUCAUGGCCUCCUGCUCCCCGGUCUUCCCACCACCCACUGGACUAUGGAGCCAGGCAGGUUGCUGCACACCUAAAGGCUCUAGAUCCAUGCACCCCAAUAACACUUGGCGGUUUCAUUUUUAGGAAGUGCUUGUACCCAGGAAAUCUGCAUGCCCUAGCAGAGAAAGCAGAGGUAAAAAAAAAAGAGUUGGGAGGCCCCCUGUGAGAUGUCAAUUACCCACAGGUCACUUUCAUGCAUGGGCCCAGUGUCUUCCUUCAUUCUCCUGUCUCCUGCUGAGAGGGGGACCUCAGGCCCAUGUCUUCCAGAAGGAAACUGUUCUAUUCUCAACAACUCACGGUCCCCAGGGAAAGGGUUCGGGUAGAAGCACAUGUACACUGUGGAGCACCCCCUCCUAAGGAGACCUUCCCUGUCGGAGACCCCAGACUGCAGUAGCCAAGCCCGCUGGGAGGGCAGGGGACACAGACCUCCUUGAUGAGGUGCCCUAGAGCCAAGACACAUCUCCUCUCCUCACAGCCCUCAGGAGGAAGCAGAGAUGAGAGGGGCCUGGCAGUGGGGACUGUGCCCUGCACCUCCAUCCCCAGAUUUUUGUUUUGUUUUUGUGAUCCUUGAAGUCAGAUGAUGUGGGUGCAAUGGCCAUUGGUCUGAGUUCUAAUCAUGGCUCGCCAUUAAUUCUGGUGGCACUUUGGGCCAGUUCAAUUGCUUUGCUGGGCCUGUUUCCCCUUCUGUAAAAUGAGAGUGCCACUAGCUGAACCAGCCAUUCUGUAACUUUUCUUGGGUGAUUCUCAAAUAUCCUGUGGAAUUUAAUUCCAAAAGGACACGUUGAAUUAUCCUUCGGGGAGGAAAAUGGGAAUGAUGGCUGGUAGCAAGGGCUUCAUUCAGGUCCUGGAGAGGUGGGAACUUUGUCUGGAAAGGUAAGUGACAAGUCCCACUGGAUAGAGUAGAAGGGGAGCCCGAGGGCUACUAUUGUCAAGAAAAUGACCACCAAAAUUUGUCCAUGCACAUUCGUUCCUAGGGCGCUAGGUACUGGGAGGUACCUAGAAGAGGUAGGAACAUUGCUUUAGAGAUAGGCAGGCACUGUCAGUGUACCCCUGGCGCCUUGGUGUCCUGGGGUGAUCCAGUCCAGAAGGCCUCAUCCCCUAGCCAAGGCUCUCAGGGCCGGCUUUAGAAACGAAACAGGAAGAGGCACUUGGACCCUGGUUCCCAGAGUGGGAGAAAGGGGUGGGCACCCGGGCAGAGGGAGCCCUGGGGAUUGGUAGCGGCUGUGGGCAGGGCGGGAGGGCCGGGGGCGGAGUCAACUUGUACAUGUGAAAAACUCUGGCGGGGGCCGGGCAUUUUCCUUCCUCCUCCUCCUCCUCCUCCUCCCUCCUCUUCCCCACCUUCCUCCACUCCCUCCCUUCCCCUCCCCUUCUACCUCCUCCUCGGCCAGCUCAGGUUGCAGCUUCUCUGGGGAACUGCUCACCUUUCCAGAGCAGGGGAAGCUGCCCCGUGCCCGGGCGGAGACCCCAGCAGGGCGCAAGGCACGGCACCUAACCCCGCGGCACCCCGGCCGUCGCGGGAGGGAGCGGGCGCACCGCAGCCCCCAGGACACGCGCGGACCUGGCUGCCCGGUCCCUCAUGAUCAUGAACAAGAUGAAGAACUUUAAGCGCCGUUUCUCCCUGUCAGUGCCCCGCACUGAGACCAUCGAAGAAUCCUUGGCUGAAUUCACAGAGCAAUUCAACCAGCUCCACAACCGGCGGAACGAGGACUUGCAGCUCGGUCCUCUUGGCAGAGACCCCCCGCAGGAGUGCAGCACCUUCUCCCCAACGGACAGCGGGGAGGAGCCGGGGCAGCUGUCCCCUGGCGUGCAGUUCCAGCGGCGGCAGAACCAGCGCCGCUUCUCCAUGGAGGUGAGGGCCUCUGGAGCUCUGCCCCGGAAGGUGGCAGGAUGCACGCACAGGGGUGUGCACAGGAGGGCAGCUGCCUUACAGCCAGACUUUGACGUCAGCAAGAGGCUCUCUCUGCCCAUGGAUAUCCGCCUGCCCCAGGAAUUCCUACAGAAGCUACAGAUGGAGAGCCCAGAUCUGCCCAAGCAGCCCAGCCGCAUGUCCCGCCGGGCCUCCCUGUCAGACAUUGGCUUUGGGAAACUGGAAACAUACGUGAAACUGGACAAACUGGGAGAGGGCACCUAUGCCACAGUCUUCAAAGGGCGCAGCAAACUGACGGAGAACCUCGUGGCCCUGAAAGAGAUCCGGCUGGAGCAUGAGGAGGGAGCGCCCUGCACUGCCAUCCGAGAGGUGUCUCUGCUGAAGAACCUGAAGCACGCCAAUAUUGUGACCCUGCAUGACCUCAUCCACACAGAUCGGUCCCUCACCCUGGUGUUUGAGUACCUGGACAGUGACCUGAAGCAGUAUCUGGAUCACUGUGGGAACCUCAUGAGCAUGCACAACGUCAAGAUUUUCAUGUUCCAGCUGCUCCGGGGCCUCGCCUACUGUCACCACCGCAAGAUCCUGCACCGGGACCUGAAGCCCCAGAACCUGCUCAUCAACGAGAAGGGGGAGCUGAAGCUGGCCGACUUCGGACUGGCCAGGGCCAAGUCAGUGCCCACAAAGACCUACUCCAAUGAGGUGGUGACCCUGUGGUACAGGCCCCCCGAUGUGCUGCUGGGAUCCACAGAGUACUCCACCCCCAUUGAUAUGUGGGGCGUGGGCUGCAUCCACUACGAGAUGGCAACAGGGAGGCCCCUCUUCCCGGGCUCCACAGUCAAGGAGGAGCUGCACCUCAUCUUCCGCCUCCUCGGGACCCCCACAGAAGAGACGUGGCCGGGCGUGACCGCCUUCUCCGAGUUCCGCACCUACAGUUUCCCCCGCUACCUCCCGCAGCCGCUCAUCAACCACGCGCCCAGGUUGGAUACGGAUGGCAUCCACCUCCUAAGCAGCCUGCUCCCGUAUGAAUCCAAGAGUCGCAUGUCAGCAGAGGCUGCCCUGAGUCACCCCUACUUCCGGUCUUUGGGAGAGCGUGUGCACCAGCUUGAAGACACUGCCUCCAUCUUCUCCCUGAAAGAGAUCCAGCUCCAGAAGGACCCAGGCUACCGAGGCUUGGCCUUCCAGCAGCCAGGACGAGGGAAGAACAGGCGGCAGAGCAUCUUCUGAGCCGCGCCCACCCUGCCGUGGCCCAAGGGACAAGAGAUCACAUGGACCACAAAUUGGGGUAGGAUGGAACCUGUGUGGCCCUCGGAAGACUGAAGAACGAGGGCUGACAGCCAGCCCAGAAGACCGUUUGGCAGCCCUGCUGGCCACGGCUGUUUCUUCUCUGUGCUUCCCACGUGCCUCCCCAGUAGUCCUCACCUACAUACCAACCCCUCCAUUACCCACGUUGGGGCUGGCAUGAGCUGCUUCCCUGAGAAGACAUGAGAAGGAGGGGGGACCUUGUACCCUCUCCCACCCUGAAGUGUUUGGGCACCUGCGUGGGACGCACAUGGGCGAGAGAAUUAAGGCGCCAGGAUGGGCACUGUGCCCUGGAUACAGGCUUUACCCUCCUCCCCCAGGGGCCUGCCUAGGGCCAGUUUCGUAGUCCCCUUUUCUGGCCCCUUGGAGCCCACAGAUGUUUCAUCUUUUUCCCUUCUGAGAGCAAGAAGAGACAUGGCAUGCUCUCUGGGACCCUGGAAUCCUAGGUACCCACAUGUGUGCCAAAGCCUGCCCUACCUGGCAGGUGUCCCACAGCAACAAAAGGAGUAGUAGUCCCCUUUCUUUCCAUCAGCCCUACCCCACCCUCAUUCCCCCGACACCCUCUGGCUUGAACCGUGGCUGAGCAGCGCCGGCAUGCUUGGAUGCCCAGCUAUGUCCAGAGGUGACCUGGGUCCGCCAGUUGCACGCCUGCCACCUCAGCCAGCCCCCACCCAGCUCACCAGUCUGAAUGGAGUUGCCUUAAAUUGGCAGGUGGUAGCGUGCUCACUGCCCUUGGAGCUGUGACCGGCUCCUGCCUGUCCACUCCUUCCCCAGGUGGCUUCUGCUUAUCUUAUCAUCCUGGGGCUCCGAUUAGCCAGGCCUGGUCAGGGUCCUGGGGACGGCACCCAGAUAUGCAGAGUCACCCUGACGCUGGUACCGGGCUGACCUCAGCUCCCGGAGGGUCGCACAGCCUCCCCAUCCCUCCUUCCCGGCCCUUGUGGCUCGUGUCCACCUGAUCCCAAUACCAGCUUUCCCGAGCCCCUGCCACCCCAGAGGGCAGCCACGACAGGGAAAGGUAUAGAUGCCACCAUCUGAGGUAGAGGAAUGUGGACCAGGAGCAGGCUGUGAUGCUGAGACACUUGCCUCGGGGGGCCGGGAGCCUGGGGGGCCAGGGCCCCUGAAGAAGGCUCCCCUCUGUAUCCCCCAGGUGUCCUCAACACUGGACUGAUCCUGAAUGGCACAGGCCAAGGGGAGGCUAGCCUCACCUUUCUACCCAGGGCCCCUGCCCUGCCCACCUCAGGCCCCCACCCUCCACUCCUCCCCACGGUACUGUGAACAUCCUGUGACUCAGCGCAGAGACAGAUAAUAUAUUUAAUUCAUGUUGUACAGAAAGGA